GGCACAUUUAACGGCUGAACAAACGCAAGGAUCGCCACAAGGCAGGACCUUGCACGACGGUGUAAGUGUGUGCGUGACAGCUGAAAUAUCGAGCGUAAAUGGGAAACUGAGAGGAGAAAAAAAUUAAAACAAAACAAAGCGAAAAACGGUACUUAAAGGACAAACAAGGAGUGAGGACUCGCAUGAUAAAACAAACAAGUAAAUAUAAAAACAACAACAAUAAACAUUAAGAGCGUGUCGUUUAAGUGCUUGUAAGCGCAACAACAACAAACGAACAACACUUGAGCGUCCGCGUGCAUAUUUACCGCUGAUUACAGCAAAAAACAAAAAUAACAAACCAAGCGAAGCAAGGUGAAAGCAACAACAAAUUAAAUAAAUGCGCAACAACAACAACUACAAUAAGCACUUACAAAUAUUUGGCACGAUAAUAAAAUGUUAUGGCAUUGCAGAGGUGCACGCAUACAGCAAAAGCUCAUUUAAAACAAAUGUUGCUGUCAGCAACAACAACAAUAACUGCAAUAAUAACAGUAACAAAUACAACAGUAAAUGACAUUAGUUCUGCCUGUAAGUGCUAGUGUCAGUAGUUGCCGUUAUAGCGCAAAACAAAAACACGGAAAAGAGAAUUCACGAAACAUAAAACUAAAGUGUUGCCAUACGCAGCCAAAAACAACAAAAAAAUAACAAAAUAAGUACUUACUUGAUGCCAUUGUGACUGCCCCAAUGCCGAACGUUUGAGGCAGCAAAUACAGGCACAAGUUGCUGUAUAGCAACAGCAACGCCGCAAAAACAAAAGCAUUUAUAGGUGGCAACACUGUAAUUAAGUGUAAUGCCAAGUUUUUGCUGCCACAAACAGCAUGAAAACUAUCCAAUUACAAAAGGCAAGUAUUGUAGACGCACUGCUGACAUUCGGUCGCAUCAAAAACUCUGACACAUUCUUGCCAAUUACAACAAUACCAACAACAUAUCAACAAAACGUGUGAGCAUUGCAAGUGCAACAGAAACAAAGCGCGUAAAAGUACCGUUAAAUUAAAAAGAAUUACAAAGUAUUCGUGUACAACAACAAAAACAACAACAACAACUACAAAUAAACCGAAAACAGCUACGCAACACAAGAGAUUUCACAGAAACUUAUCUCGUGUUGCACGUACAUAAAUGACGGAUUGCAGACUUGUGCAACAAAAUGGCAACCCCGCAAAUUUCCCAAAUCAUUAUCAAUCAAAAAUUCCCAUUUGCAAAGGCUGUUGCUGCGCAAACACAAUUAGCAACAACAAAAACAACAAGUACAACUGCAACAAACACAAAGUUAUGUCGCCUUCAAGAGAGUCGUCGCUGGGUGCGAAGAAAAUGUUCUUGCACUGUGUUGAAUGGCAAGCACAACAACAACAACUACAGCAGCAGCUGCAACAACAAAAGCGACAGUACUCGCCACACGCUGCACUGGCUUCAGCUUGGUUGGAGCGAACAAUUGCUGCUGAUUUGCAUGCUACUCGUCAGCGCGUGGGGUCCAACGGGCUGCGACGAGUCACAGGACUUUCAGAAAGCGAUACCUGCCAGAGUUGUUUGGGCUGCAGUUGGCAAAAGCGUCGAUUUGCUGUGCGAUCUAACGCCUCCGACGCCGCAGGACUCCGUGAAGCUGCUGUUGUGGUUCAAGGACUCCACCGGAAUACCACUUUACAGCUUGGAUUCGCGCGGCGGAAAUAUCAAAUUAGCACCGCAUUCGGCCAUAGCUAGCGAUUUGGGUCAGCGUUUGUUCUUCUCCAUUGGCGAUAAUCUGAAGGACUCGCGCCUGCAGAUACGCGAUGUGAAGCCAACAGAUGGCGGCAUUUACCGUUGUAGAAUAGACUUUUUCAAUUCGCCAACACGCAACUUUAGAAUUAAUUUAACAUUAGUCGUUCCCCCCGAGGAGCCACGCAUUUUCGAUGCACAAGGCAAGGAGAUUGCCCAAAUGGCCGGACCAUUUCGUGAGGGCUAUGAACUUUUUUUAUGCUGUCAAGUUAAAGGAGGUCGUCCAGCGCCCAAAGUCACUUGGUGGCGCGAUGAUGUCGAACUGAAGGGCACCAGCCACACGUCUGUGGAAGAGGGUGCCACCGUUAUGGUGAAUCAGCUGUUGAUUGGCACCACAACACGUGACUAUUUCGGCGCGAAAAUCGAGUGCCGAGCGCAGGGCACCAAACUGAUAGCGCCGGUGGUGAAGGAUGUAACGGUGCAAGUGCAUUUGAAACCGGUGCGCGUGAAAAUCCUCACAGCCAAUGACCUGCUAACUGCCGGCCAGCCUGUGCCUUUGCGCUGCGAUUCGUGGGGUUCAUAUCCGGCGGCGAAGAUUACAUGGCUAUUGGACGGCGAACCCAUACGGAAUGCGGAAGUGACUGUGCAUAGCGACAGAGAGGACUCAAAUACCACAACCAGUAUACUCAAUUUAAAGGUAACAUCGGAAAAUGAUAAUGCCGAGCUGAUGUGUCGUGCGUCGAAUCCUUGGUUCUCCGGCAGCGCCAUCGAGGACAAGCGCAUCAUUCGAGUGGCAUAUCCGCCAACAGUGUCCGUGCAUUUAGCGAACGAGGACCCGAGUCGCUUUGUUACUAAGGCUGAGGGUCAAAAUGUGACGUUCAAGUGUCGUGCGGAUGCGCGGCCUCCAGUGAGCUCGUAUGCUUGGUUCAAAAAUGGCAUGCGUAUGUCCGGCGAGAGCACCGAGAUACUGCAUCUGACUCAGUUGGCGCGCGAGAGUGCUGGCGCUUACGCUUGCGGCGCGGCCAAUACGGAGGGAGAGACGCGUAGCUCCAGCUUGACGCUGAAAGUGCAAUACUCGCCCAGAUGUCGGCCGGGCACCGAGCAAACGUCAAUCGGGGCGCUGAACAUGCACUCGGUGCAGGUGAAAUGCGAAGUGGAUGCGGAUCCGCCAGACUCGGUGAAAUUCAGUUGGACCUACAACAACACAAGAAAUGUGUCGCCGGUGCUCAAUUCGAGAAUCACUUCGAAUGGAUUGGUCAGCACCGUUACGUAUCUGCCGCAGACCGACUCGGAGCUGAUAACGCUCGCCUGCUGGGCGAGCAACUCGGUGGGACGCCAGACCAUCCCCUGCCUGGUGCAUAUACUGCCAGCAAAUCCACCGGAGGCGCCAAAGGCUUGCGAACUGCGCAACGACACCGUUCUGGAAGUAGUCUGUGUAGCCGGCAACGACGGUGGUCUCACGCAAUAUUUCCUGCUUGAAGUAAUUGGCGGCGAUCCACUUUAUGCCAACGAUGCGGGGCGUAGCUUCGCCGAUGCAAAUGUGGGCGACAAUGAGCUCUCCACCAUGAAUGAUCAGGCGACGUCAGCACCGGUACUUCGCAUGCAAGAGCCGCAACCGCAAUUUCGUCUCAACAGCUUGGAGCCAGGCCGAGAAUAUCAAUUCCUCGUGUAUGCCGUUAAUGCGAAGGGACGCAGCGAGCCGCCGGUCGUAAUCGAGCGUGUACGAGUGGCGGCACAAUUGGGACCGUACGACGAGUCCAUACUCUCCGAGGAUCCCACACCGGCGGAAACGACACAUCAUUCAAGUGGCGGCCUGAGCGCCAGCGCCAGCGGUAGCGGUGUGGCGGCGGGAGCGGGCGCCAGCAUCAAUGUGCAUGGACAUGAGAAACAGCAGUCGCAGCUACUCAUACUGGCCGCCGUGGUGGCGAUAGGUGCCGUCAUUGUAACGUCAAUUAUCGUCGCGGGUAUUGUGGUCGUCUGCAGGCAUCGACCGCGACCACCUGAACCGCAGGAUGUGCGCAAAAGUAUGCGACCCGCCCGCAGUGAUGUGCCGUCCAUGUACAUCGAGGAGGAUGCGCUGAACGACGAAGAGGCGCUGGCCGGCACACGCUCCGCCGACAUACGCGCCGCACGCGUGCUGCCCUCGACGCUGGGGCCGCGCUGCAGCGCCAGCACAACGAGCAGUCAACACCAUUACAUCUCCGAGGGUUUCAUACAGUACGCACAGCCCAGCCUCAAUGUCUACAUUACAGACCCCGACUUGAUUUUGCCACGCGGCGAAAUGGAAUUCACGACGAUGGAUCCGAUGCUAAAGUAAGCAAAUCGCCGCUGCAGAGAAGUUAAAAACUCAACAACAACAAUGUGAAACAAUGCAUUUUAAGGAAUUUCAGUUUGGUAUGUUCUAAGAUUGCAGCUCGAAUUUUUUUAUAAAACAAAUUUAGCAUAAAAUUAUUAUAGCUAAAAUAAAUUUAAGUUUUAGUCCAAUUAAGAGAGCUUAUGCUAAGCAUUAUAAAGAAAAAAAAUUAAAGCAAAAAUACAAAAUAGUGUCUAUAAAAUUUGUAAAUAUUUAGCAUAUGAGUACACAAAGAAAACAAGUAACUCUAGAAGUCAUUAUCGCUGAAAUAAUAUUUCGAAAUUAAAGCACGCUAGAGAAAUUCGGCAAACAGAGAUUCAUAUUCGGUUUCUAAGGUUGGACGCUCGCUCAAAUACACUCUCUUCGCCAUUGUCCCCGGCCUAAGUUUGUUUAUGGCUUAAGUUGUUUUAACGAUAAUGAUUUUCGGAAAUAUGUUGCUUUGAAUUUAAGAAAAGAUAAAUAAUCUAUGAGCAUCAGACAGCCAUACACACAUUCUGGGUAUAUUUAGGUUAAUUUUUCACAAUUCUGUAACACAACAACAUUCAAUUGGGAACAGAGUGCGGCAUGCUGGCUAUUAAUGGAGUUGUUAAGCAAUUAAAAUAUAGUUCGAAUUUCUGCUGAUGUUUGUGGAAAUUCGCAUAGAAUCACAAAAAAUUUCAAGAAAUUUGAAUACGCACCUCCAAUGAUCUUCAUGAAGCGUUGGACAUACCAAUUGGUGCAUAUCCAGCUCACACUAAAUAUUAUCGAGCUAUGCGCUAAAUUUAUAAAGGAAAGUUUUUUAGAUAGAGGUUAUGAUAAGAACUUUAACUUAAGUUUAUAUAUUAUCAUUAAAUAGUGUUUUCCCACAGCCAAAUUAACUAAGUGCACUAAGGUUAUAAUUAAAAAACCAGCCAGCUGUCAAGAUUGCAUAAUUGCUUGUGUUCUCAUUUGGUAGAUUUCUAGGGCCUAAAAUUCUACAGCUGUUUUCUAUUUUAUCAAUGCACACAACAAAAUUUUUAGUCUGGACAAGAACCCGCAGAGUUAAAGACAGUCAAGUAUAUAGUAUGGGCAACAACUCACAGAGUUGCUUUCCAGUUUUGACUCGUUUUCAAAUCGAUUAAGAAUUAAUGUAGUGAAAUCAAGUUUUUAUUUUGUUCAAUAAUAAUUCGAAAGAAAUUUAAUCGGGCAAGGGCCGGUUAAUUGAUCAAUUGACUCCUGUACGUGAGGGCUAUAAAACUUUGUUAUACAAUAUUUGUACAUUGUAUACUUCAUAUAUUCAGACUCUUUCAGCUGGCUAGUUACAUGAGACCUUUCGACGCUGCGAGGUUGAAUUACAAUCUAAUGCUGUUUCAUUUGAGAUCUGAGUGAUUCUGUACAAGAGCCCUAAAAGUCUUGGAGCAAUUCCAAAACGAUUACUAAAACUUCUAUAAUAGCGAAUAUCUUUAUAACCAAAUUUCAACAAUUUUUCAAUCAAAAAUAAUUUUAUGAGCUAAUAGUUAGGCGUUAAGGUUACUAAGCAAGUAAGCUAUUAGAAUUUAGGAGUACUUUGGACUAAUUUUACGGUAGUUUUUUCUAUCGUAGUUCAUGACUUAAUAUACGAUAAGUGUUUUUUACUAUUUUUGGCGUAGUUUUUGAUGUAUGUUAAACCCCAACAGUUUACCUCUCUGUUGGGGUUUCACCUUAAAUAUACUGCAGUACAAAUAGUAUUAAUUUUUUUAAUAUUCGGCAACAUAAUAUUUGCUGCAUUCGUAAAUAAUUUUCAUGACAGCCAUACAGGGGAUGGUAUACCAGGUGUAUCGUUUUUUUUUUUUGGGAAAAGUAAAUACUAAUUUUGAAGAUGAUUCUGAUCACCUUUCUGGCAAUUUGUGGAUGCUAUGUCAAUGGAAAUUUUCGUCUUUUAAAGCAAACCAAUCAGACGCCCAAUUUUCGGCUUCUACGUAGGAAUCGAAAGGCUGCUCAGUCAAUAAGUGUUCAAACGGUGAAAACAAAUGGUAAUUAGAAAAGGCCAAGCCUGGUGAGUACGACGAGGGAGAUAGCGGCUCCCAGCCAAAUACUUCGAUAUCCUGAAUCGACUUUGUUUUGUUUGCAAUUGCAUUGUCGUCUAAGAAAAUUAAUUUGCGAUGUCUUUUGGUCCAUUCCGGUCGAUUUUCGAUCAAUGCAUGGUUCAUAGCUUUGAUCCAUUAAUGUCUGUAGCGAUUAGUAUGAACAGUUUCAUUAGGUUUUAGAAGCUCAUGAUAUAACAUACCCUUCUGAACCAACCAAACUCUUGCCUUCUUACUGAUCACAUUUUCUUUGUUGCUUCUGAUAGAGCAAGAUCACUAUAUGCCACGACAAGUAUUCGAUGUGACUCUGCAGCACUUUUCUUCAAAUGGAAAUAAAAAAUUAAUGGUUGCCGCAAAACAUCGCUUUUCGGUACAAAAUUUGACAUUUUCAAAACAAUGCAGAAAGAUAAUGUUGUUUGUUCAAUGACUGUAAGGUUACAGAAUAUGUUUGACGGAUGCCACGCCGACCAAAGAGAAAAGAAUAAGGUUCGUUCCCAACAAAUAUUUCAUAUCAACAUCUAUGUAUCUUAACGCUCAGUUCAUACCGGUAUACCUGGCAGUUUCGGCAAUAUUCUCUUUUAUGGCUACCAUUUUAAAGAAAGAGAUGUUUUGAGGUAAGAUGAAUAUCGAAUUCGAAGUUCGACAGUUUAAAUCUUCAUAUUAUUUAAACAAAGCGAGAGAGCUGAGAAACAAAAAGAUUCUUAAUUAUAAUUAAUUAUAAAAAAAUUUCUGAGCGCUUUGAAGAGUAUUUUAGGAAUUGCAUUGCUUUUCCUGAAUAAUAUUCAUUUAUAAAGGCCAUUUCUCUUAAAUUUACCUAAACAUAUAUUGGAUGAAUAAUCUUAAUAUUUUUGGAAAUACCCUAAUGUAGCGAACGCUGCAUAUUUUCUAGGUAUGAGAGAAAAAUAUAAUUAUUUUAAUUCAAACAAAAAUUCAAUAUGGUUUUACUAACAAGUAAUGGUUAAGCUUAAUUAACUACUUAUUAUUAUAUAUACAUAUAAUUAGUUAGUUUUUUCGAUAUAAGACCCCUGCCAUACAUUUUAGUUUUACUUAUGUUAUGAUAGUUCAUGAAAAAAGCACUUCAAGCCAGAGCUUAAGAUAACAUCAAGCGAAUUCGAAUCCGGCCGCACCCUGUUUGUAAUAAAUAUCGCCAACUGUAAAUGAUUUUUGGUGAAUAACUGCAGUUCCCACUAGACAACCAAGUACUUACACGUGUCUGCCAAAAAUGCAUUAUAUAAACUAAUUGUAAAUUUACAACUCUUACACUUGAUUUGCUAUAGGAAUAAGCCUCUUAAGCGAUAGUGCGCCCACAAUACAACUACAACUACAAAUAACGUUAGUUUCCAAAGCUAA